AUGUGGUCGAACUUGAUAUUUUUGACUAUCAUUUUUGGGACAUUUGAGUCAUCGACUGCCCAAUCAUUUCCAGUGCCAACUAUCAAGAUUUACAACUUUGCGAGUUCCGAUGACUCUUCCAGACUAUUCUACACCCUCUUAUCGGAAAUUUCGGUUCUUGAGGAUUACGACCCUUCCGAGUACCCAGUACCCAAGGACCUGGGUAUCGCAAUGAUAGGCGAAUUUCCCACAAACUGUAGCUGUCCGGAUCUCAGUAAAAUUCACUCUGUCACCAAUCAAUUCGGACAGCUCAAAUUCGAAAGAGCUGAAAAUGUGACCCCCGAUAUGGUCGACCAUGGCUUGGCUGGCUUUUUGGCUCCCUUUCCCGGCUAUUGUGGAAGUGACCAAAUCGAGGUCAUCGAGUUUUAUUCUCCAGCGCUGAAAACUUUCCGCUACGACACCUCCAACAAUAUCCAGUCGUAUUUGACCGACUACAAAUUUCUGUUCCGUCCUGUUCGUGUUCUAGGAUACGCCUAUUAUUCAUCCCCAAAUGUUUGGUUAAGUGGAACCCCUCCAUACAUCAAGCAAGGAGUGCAAAGCCAGUUUUAUAAAACCAUCUCCGUGAAAUUCGAAAUGGUCCGAGUGCUCAAAAAAGGGAACCAAUAUUCCUAUGCAAUCAAUCAGGACAUUAUAAAAAACCUGACCGAAUCUGGAUGGAGUCUCACUGGUGAAACUCGUCCAGGACCUGUUAGCUCUCAAAACGAGCUAGAGAAAAUCAGGGAGAUUUGUGGAGCAGACUCCCUGCAGAAAUGUCGGGACACUUUCGAUGCCAGUUCCGGGCUUUAUAGACCAAUCAAUUUGGAUACUAUGGAGAUGGGAAGCCGGGAGGAUAAGGGAGAUUGUGGAUACUUUUUGACUAGCACUUCCAAUUGCUUCAGUCAAGCACAAGCAAUAUAUUCCUAUGAUGUAAAUUACGGCUCCAUCCAAGCAAUGUACGUCAACUACCCGAGCAACACCGGCGGUGGAUCUGUUGGGCGUGCCUCUCCAUACAUUUUCUCUCUAUUGAAAUUGUAA